AUGGCGAACAGGUCGAUCGCCAGGAUGGGGCUCGACGAGGCCGUGGUUCGUCUCUUCGCAGCUCGCAAGAUCCACAAUGCCAAGGAUGCGCUGGGAUUGACAGAAAUGGAGCUCAUGGAACUCCUCGACAUGCCGAUGGAUUCUUUCGAGGCCGCGCUCGCGCGCAUCAACAAGAGCGUUUGUCCGCCAUUCAAGACGGUGCUCUCUAUCGUGCAAAUGCGAUCUAAGAACGAGGUUGCUAUGGGUCACCUCUCGACUACUUUGAAGCUCCUCGACGACGCCCUGUGUGGUGGGAUUCCAUUCGGUGUUAUCACUGAGCUUGUUGGACCCCCAGGCAUUGGGAAGACACAGCUCUGUCUCACUCUGUCGAUCCAGACGGUCAUUCCGACGAGCUUUGGUGGCCUUGGGGGCAGUGUUGUUUACAUUGACACUGAGCGAAAGUUUUCCACCACAAGGAUGAUGCAAAUAGGCUCCCACAAAUAUCCCGGGAUUUUUUGUAACGAGGCCAGUGUCCGAGAAAUUGCGCAGCGCAUGAUGAUAUUGACGCCUACUUCUGCUCCGGAGCUCGUAGAAAGCCUACAGAAACUGCAAUCUAUAAUACCUGAAGAUAAUGUCAAGCUCUUGGUGAUCGAUAGCAUUGCAACUUUACUGGAAGGAGACAACGAGGACGAGAUUUUCGAAAGGCAGGAGUUGCUUGGAAAGCAAGCAUCGUUGUUAAAGUACCUCGCCGAAUCAUGGAGACUUCCAGUCGUUGUGACAAAUCACGUGAGGGCCUCGGGCACAUACGAAGGAUAUGGUGAUGGUGAGUCAGAGCUUUGGGUCGCUCUGGGUACAGCUUGGGCGCAUGCUGUUAAUAUCAGACUUGUUCUAGAAGUUCGUGAAGGUCGUCGGUGUAUCCGUAUAGCGAAGUGUCCUGUGUCUCCUGCCAUUGCUAUGCCGUUUCUGGUAACGAGCUACGGCAUGGAAAUCGAUGGAAAUGAGUUUUGGCAAGUAAGCGAGCAAGAUGUCAUGGCUGUCUACAGAAACUAUGACGGUGAUGAUGACGAGGAGAUAAUUCGUUUCAACUGAUGACUAGUUUGCCUCCCGGGUGAUGUGGCUUAUACUGUGAAUAUUCGAACUGGGGAUGUAGCUCAGUUGGUAGAGUGAUCGCUU